AUGUCCAGCAGCAUGUCGAAGACUGAGUUCACAAAGAUUUUUUGCCAGAUGUGGGUGGAGCAGAGCACGGAAGAUGCUGUUGUGAGCUCGCAGGCCGCGCAGCGCGGAGUCCAGGACGGGCAGUCUGGAAAGGCCAACAGGAACCAAGAUAAAGCACAUCGACAGCUAGCAGCAUCUGCUGAGCUCAAGGAGAUCGAGGUCGUCCCAGAGUACGAUGUCGUCGAGUUCGAGAGCAAGGUCGGAGCGCUGGAUUGA